AUGGCUAGCCCUACGGUUCUUACCUUCGAUGCUGAGGGACGUGCUGUUGACUUCAACGUCUGUCACCUGCCUUUUGGUGAGCGCGCGCACUUUGGCCAGUACAAGACUGCUAAGUCUUUGUAUGACGCUGUCGUAGCGCGCUACUCCUCCCCUACCACUGCUACCCUCAGCCGCCUCAUGCUACCGUACCUGUUCCCUGACCUUUCUGCCUUUGCCAUAGUCGCUGACCUCAUUACUCACCUCUGCACUAGUGACACCCGCUACCGCGCUGCGCUUCCCUCCGAGUUCUGCGCCAAGAACCCGCCCCCCAUGUACAUCACCUUCUUCUAUCUAGUCACCCGUCUCCCUGACUCCCUUUCUUCAGUCAGGGACCACUUUCUCUCCCUUUGCCCCACUACGCUCACCGUCGACCUGCUAGAGGAGCGUCUCACUACAGCUGAGAAGAGUAUAGUUGCCGUAGGCGCCGCAACAGCAAGGGCAAAGGGGGCAAGGGUGGUGGAGGGGAUGGCGGGGGCGGCGGUGGUGGAGGUGGAGGAGGCGGAGAGGGUGGGGGUGGAGGCAAGGGUGGUGGUGGGAGUGGGGGCAACGGUGGCGGCGGUGGAGGUGGUGGAGGCAGCGGCAGCGGUGGUGGAGGCAGCGGCAACGGCGGUGGAGGCGGUGGCGGCGGCGAUGGAGGUGGCUGAGGCGGUGGUGCUGGUCGGGGUGGAGCUGCGCAGCGUGGAGGCAUUGGAGGCAGCCAGCGCCAGCAGCAGCCGCGUUCCCGCGAGACCCCGUCGCCCCAGCAGCUUCGUGAGUGGUACGCUGGCCGUGGGAGGUCUGGGGGUGUUGGUCCCUGCACGUACGUUCUCCGCACCGACGGGCGCCGUGGGGAGACGUGUGGAGGCCCACAUACGUAUAGAGUCUACUGCUCUAGGUACUGGUGAGGCUGCUGCUUCAGGUGCUAGUGAGUCUGUUGCUCCAGGUGCUGGUGAGUCUGCUCUCUCUGGUACUGCGCCUGCUGAGGCCUUGCACACCUUCACACUUGACUCAGGUGCUUCUCGCUCUUUCUUUCGCGACAGCACCACACUCACGCCGCUCAGUCGGCCUGUUGCUGUCUCCCUGGCGGACCCCUCUGGGGGCCCCGUCCUUGCACACUCCUCCACGGUCCUGCCGUGUCCUGCUGUCCCGUCUGGCUCACUUUCAGGUCCCCACCUCCCUUCGUUCUCUACGAACUUGGAAAGUGGAGCUGCCCUCCAGGAUGAGUGGGUUAACCAGUUCACUCCUGGAGGUCAGCGUGUGACCCACUGUACGUGCUCCCGGACCGGUCGGCACCUGGCCACGUUUACCCGAGCUCCUGGCUCGAGUCUGUACACACUGACUACUGUGUCCCCUCAGGUAGCUGCGUCUGCGUCUGCUUUUGCGCCAGGUCAGCUAGCGGCCCCCUGCUCGUGUCGUGCUUUGUCGCACCAGACCGUCCUGUGGCACAACCAUCUUGGUCAUCCCUUGGUGCAGCGCCUUCGCGGCAUGCACCGCCGUGUCCUUGUCUCUGGUCUUCCCAAGGUUCUCCCUCCCCUCCCUCCCUCGCCUGCUCCUCCCUGUCUUCCUUGUGUCGAGGGGCGGCAGCGCGCCGCUCCUCACUCCUCCUCGUUUCCCACGACGACUGCUCCCCUGCAGACCCUGCACAUGGACGUAUGGGGCCCAGCCCGCGUCCGUGGACAGGACCGCGAGCGGUACUUUUUGCUGGUUGUUGACGACUACUCGCGCUACACCACAGUCUUCCCCUUGUGCACCAAGGGUGAGGUUCCUGAUGUUUUGAUCCCUUGGAUCCGCGCUACCCGUCUCCAGCUCCGCGAGCAGUUCGGGACGGACUUGCUGCCCCACCCGUUCGAGCCAGAGCUGCUGCCCCACCCGUUCUAG